AUGGCGCCGAAGGUUUUGACAGACUGUCCCGAGAACCUUCGAGAGGCGAUCGACUGGCUCGUCCAGGUGAAGCACUGUGGCGGCGUUUCGACGCUGUCCGACGCUCUCGCUUCGUUGUUUGACAAUGUUGCUCAGGACGCUGAAGAAUCUCUGUCGUCUCUGCUUGACCAGGACCGGCCGUCCGCUAGAGACGUCUCCAAACUUCGGGCGUUUCACAGUACUCUUCCGAAAGACUCUGAGAAUCCUCAUAAAAACAUUAUACAUAAUCUCUGUGCCUCCGCUGGCAGCCUCUUAGGUUAUAGUUUACCUGGGGCCUACGACGGUUCCGGGAUUGUAUAUGGCAACGCCUCCCGUCUGUGCGAUGCCAUCCUGGCAUUCCUGUAUGCCGUGUUCAAUGAUGUGUAUGGUAACCAGCCGUACGUUGCUGGUAGAAAUGUAUUGCAUGAUGAUCUAAUUGUGUAUUUGGAAUCCCAACUGUGGCAUGGCCACAAGGGGUUUUGCCAAGCCAUCCCCAAGGUGGCCACUGGCCUCCAGAGGUACAACGCCGCUGUCGAGGCUUCUAACGACAAAGUCAAGAAGGCAAUUGAAACCGUGUUGGAUUACGUGAAACCAGAUGGUGAGUUGCGUAAAGGUAUAAAAGCUUUGCAGAUAUCGGAAACAUCGACGUCCACUCAAGAUGAGAGGACUGUGGACGCCGCGGUCACCCUGGUGGAGGGGUGCAAAGAGGUCGCCAGGGUAUUUUCCAAAAGCUUGACGGCGGCCACAGACGCCAUAGAUGACCUGAACCCAAAGCUGAAGAGAAAGCUCGAGAACGCAAGGAGAAGCCUUUUCAAUCAUGUCGAAUGGCUGAGCAGGUGGUCCAAGAAGGGGGAGAAAAAGCGGUUGGACGAGAUGAUACAAAAAAUAAAGAGUAGGCUUAGGCAGCUCGCAAAGGCCGUCAAAGAGAAAAUUAAACAAGAAGUGCAUACGGUUGUCGAGUUGUUGAAGGAGCGUGUCAGGGAGAUUAAAAUGAAGUUGCAAGGUAUUACUGCCAGUCUGGAGGAAUAUGUCAAGGAACUCGGGCAGUGGAUGGGUGAGGCAAAAGAGUAUAUUAAGGAUGUAAAAAAGUAUGUUGAUGAGAUAAUGCAGCAACUUGAUGGAGACCAUAGGCAGGCGAUUGACAAGGCAGCCGCGGACAUUGAUAGUCAGCUUGGCAAGAGAGUUGAGGAGUUGAAUCAGUGGAUUAAGGAUGCGGAGGCUGCCGUUACUGUGGCUAAGCAGAAGGCGGAUGAAGUGUAUAAAAGGUUAGAUAAGAACAGCGGUACGACGAUUGCUCAAGGGAUUGAGAAGAUUAAUGAAGCUAAAGAUGCAGUUUCAGGAGUUAGCACCCAACUGGAAACUGUUCACAAGAAUUUGGGAGAUUGGAAAAGUGUGGCGAAGGAUGUGCUCAGCAAAUCUCUUCAGAAGGUUGGAGAGGUGCAUGACAAGUUGGAUCCUGAUCAAAAAACCGGCGACCAUCCAAUUGGCAAGAACCUUGAGAAUAUUGAGACCGCUCAAAAAGCGAUUUCAUCUGCAAAUCUAGAACUUAAAACACAAGUCGAUAAGUUGAGUAACUGGAUUUCCGACGCUGAUCGUAUCCGUGAGCAGGCGCAGCAAAAAGCCGAAGAGGUUUACAAAAGUUUGGAAGUUCAUAAGCAACUGAGUGAGAAAAUUGGGGAGAUUCAGACAGCGAAUAAGGAAAUACAGAAUGUUCAUAGUGGGCUGAAUAGUGUUGAGAAAAAUCUGGAAGAGUGGAAUCAGGAGGCCAGGAAAGUGAUUCAAAGUGUGGUUGAUAGGGUGACGGAAGUGCAUAAGAAGUUGGAUGACAAAGAUCCAGGUACGGCGGUUGGUAACGGCAUUAAGCAGAUCAAAGCAGCAAAAGCAAACGUUGAAGCAGUUGAUAAGGGAUUAACAUCUGUAAACGACGAUUUGCGCAAAUGGAGAGGGGCUGCAGAAAUUGUGCUAUCCACUGCAGUUGAUAAAGCAGAAGAGGUGCAUAAGCAGUUGGAUCCUACGAAAAAUAGCUCGACGCUGGGUGGGCAAAUCGAUGCGAUCGAUACUGCUAGACAGGGAAUUGUUGAUGCAAACGAACAACUUGGUGCACAAGUAAAGACUCUGCAAAAGUGGAUUGAGACUGCCGAAGAUAUCCGCCACAAGGCUGAGCAAAAGGCCAGGGAAGCCUAUGAUAAGUUGCAAGUUCAUGAAAAACUGAGUGAGAAUGUGAAGAAGAUUGUGGAUGCCAAAAAUAAGAUUGACGAAGUUAAUAAGAAAGUUACCGGCCAGCUUGGCAGUCUGAAGCAGUGGAAUGCGGAGGCUAACAAGGUGCUUGAAGGGGCGAUUACUAAUGCGCAGUAUGUUCAUGAUGAAUUGCAAAGUGCUGUCGUCCAGAAAGUUGAAGGGAUUCAACAGGCAAAUGCGUCAAUGAUAGAGGCUAAUAAAAAGCUUGCCACCGAAGUACAGAAUUUAGGCAAGUGGAAGGAUGCCGCCAAGGAUGUUAUUAAGAAAGCAGAGGACAAGUGUGAUGAGAUCCUAAAGAGGGUUCAGACAGAUCCCAGCAGCAACAAUGAUUCAAUUUAUAAGCAAGCUAAAUUGUUGAGAGAUAGCGGCAAAAAACUUCUGACUGCUGCUACUGACGCUAAGCAGAAAGUUGAGUCCAAGGUGAAGGAUGCUUUGGAUGCUGUAAAGGAAAUGGACACAGAUCUCAAGAGGGACUUGUAUGAUGUUAAGGAAAAGAUUAAAAAAGGGAUUACGGAGGUGAUUAGUGAGUUGCAGGUUGGUGCGUUGGGUGACCGAGUGAAAGAGGAUUUGAAGAAGUUGAGGGGGAAUAUUGAGGGGCUAAAAAGUAAAGUGGAUGAGCGGAAUGGCAACAGUAUAGUGAAAAAUCAGUUGAAUGCGCUUGAGGAAGCGAAGACUGCAACGAUUAAUGAAGUUCAACAAAAAAUUAAGAAUGCUGCUUCAGAUAUGGAUGCGAAGUUUCGGAGUGAAAUCAAGGGUCCGCUUAACGAGAAGGUGAAUACAAUUACCAAGGCGAUUGGGAAUCUAUACGAAAAAAUUAAUCCAGACAGCAGAAACGCAUCGGAGGAUGAUAAAAAGAAACUUCACAAGAUUUUCGAGCAUAUUAAAAAGCAAGUUGCUGAUAUUAAGGGUAAAGAAGGGAGGGAUGCAUUUGAUUCAAACUCUAAAGGCCUAGAUGGGAUUGUCAAAAAUGUGAAGGUGCUUGCUCAGCAGUUUAAUGGUGCUGCACAAUUUGGGCAUAAAGUUAACGGAUUUGUAUUGGAAAUUUUGAGGGAUAACAUGAUUGUGAGGGAAAUGCUUAAGAAGUAUGCCCAGGAGAAUGUUUUGGGGAAUGAUUAUAUAGAGCCUAGACCUGAUAAGAAGGAUUCAUUGUUUAACAUAAAGAUCGCAGAGAUGUUUAAGGAUACACUUAAGGGUGAAGCAGAUUCGGCUGGUCAAAAGGUCCAAGAGCUGUUUACAAAGGCUCAAUCGCACCCAACGAUCCAGCGGUACAUUAAUGCUGUAAAGGAAGGCCUAACAACAUUUGUCGAUGAGGUUGAAAAGAAUCUGAAAGUAAUAGAAAUCGAUAAACUGGAGAAUAGCAUUAACAGCCGCGUAGAUUCCAUAUUCAACGGCAUUGUGAAUGAUGUCAAAGGUAAAGUUCAAGGCGGCAAAAUAACACAUAAUGACGAGCUUCUCAAACUCGCUGUCAAGCGCAUCCUCAUGAAGCUCAUCGUUAUUGUGCGCAAAGUUGCUGGGGAAGUACGGGUUUUAGGUAUCAGCGUUUUUGGCAAAAUCUUAGACGAAAUUAAACCGACUGUUGAUGCACUUGACAAAAAUCUAAAAGCGGUAACUCCUUCCGCUCCCGCAACCGGCACAGCCAAAUCCGUGGACAAUGCGAUAGAAGGGGUAAGUAAUGAGGUUAAGGGGCUUGACACUAAAUUUCAGCAAAAAGUCAAAAAGCCAGUAGAGGAUGCAGUUAAUCAACUUGAGCCUGCCGUUAAGGCUUUCGACGAUAAAGCUAAGGGGCAAGUCAAAGAGGCGGCCAACGCGGCAAUUGAUGCGGCGGCUAAACAGUUUGCAGAUUCCAGUGGUCAAAUCAAUGUGGAAUCAUUGAUGAAUAAUUUCAGCAGUGAGCACGGUAAAAUACAAACUCAGCUUCCAAAUAAUCUUCGAGCGUUACUUGAUACGCACAUUGGAACGGAUGACAGAGCUAGUGGCAAAGCAGACACAGUAAAGCUAUCGAGCGAUUUUGUGAACUAUGGUAAACAUGUAUCCACUGGCGUCCCGACUAACCGCAUACAUGAGCCACUUGCGGCGGCGAUCGGCAAGAUUGAAGGUGUGGGCCUGGCAGCGCUUAACAAGCAUAUCGGCGACGGUGAUAAAAUAGAUGGCCAAACCUUCGACGGCCCAUUCGGAAACAUUGAGAAAGAGCUCAAGGGAAUUAAGAAAUUGGUUAGUCAUGGUGGGUUUUGGGGCAACAACGAUAAAGGUGUCAAAGAGCUUUUGGAAGAUCUUCGAACUGGGAUUGAUUCAGGUACGAUGGACGGUGCAUCUGAUAAAGGCCUUACAAAUAUACGAUCGGCGAUUGAAGUUUUGCAGAAAGGCGCGUUUGGUCCUAGAUCCGUGGCAAUCGGGGAAGCCGUCAAAGAAAUUAAGUUGAAGCUGAAUGAGCUUAGAGAGAAGUUGAAGAGUGAGAAUGAUGGCGAUAAAGAUGCAGUAAUCAACGCAUUGAAGAAUUUGCAAACUCAAGGGCUUGGCGUUGAAAAGUGGAACGACAAAAGUGGCAGUCCAGUAAAUGGUCUAAGGAUAAUCGAAGAUGAUCUUAGGAAACAAAACGAGGAGUUGGGCAAUCAAACAAUGGAAAUUGGCAAAGCUUUCGACUAUACUCUGAGAGAAUUGAAGGGUAUGCUUGGACAAGUCGGCUUGAGGUUACACAACAUCAUUGUUCCGGAUGACGUCGUGGACAAUCUGAAAGAUUUGAAAUUAAAGAUUGGUAGGGGAAAAAAUAUAGGACUUGAACGUAUUCAUGAAUUGAUUAAGACGCUGCAGGAAGGGGAUUUCAAAAAUAAACCCGAAGCAAUUGAGAAAGCAAGAAAAGAACUUGAAGCGGAACUUACAAAACUACAAAAGGUGCUGCAAGGUAACAAGCACGAUGGCGGUAUCGAAACGUUGAAAGAUUUGAAAGAUGUUGGUCUUGGCUCCGGUAAGUGGGAAAAACAUGGAAAUGAAAAAGGACUUGCGAAAAUCGAAAAUGAGCUUAAGGCUCAACUAGAUGAAUUAUCCGUCCAGCGAGAUUUCAUUGACUUAGGCAUGACCCGGAUCACCAUGGUGUUUGACGAACUUAGAAAAGAGUUAAAAGAUGAGAAAGAAAAUCCUAACAAUGGCGUGAUAAAAAGACUGGAAGAUUUGAGCGAGAAGGGUCUCGGUAAGGAUGCGUGGCAAAACGGUAAGGAUGGUCUCGGGAAAAUAAGGAGUAACCUUCAAGCGCAGAAUACGCAAUUGUCUCAAACAAGUAAGAAAAUCGAAGAAGCGACCCAGAGCGUAAUGGACCUGACGAAGACUGUGUUAAAAAGUGCUAAACAGACGUUAAGUGAUGAAGUCGCUAAUGAUGACAUCGUGGACAAUUUAAAGAAGUUGGAGGAGAAGAUUGGUCUAAAUGGGAAUACUGAUGAGAGCCUUCAAGGAAUGAAGAACAAGAUCACCGACCUACAAAGCCAAGCGUUUAAAGAUAAUACGCUCAAAAUUCUGCAAGCAAAAGACGAAAUUGACGCAGAACUCAAAAAGCUUCAAGGUAAUUUGCAAGAUGACGUAAGCAGUAAGUUAACUGACUUGGUGGACAAGGGGUUUGGCCCCGGUGACAGAUGGAAUGGCAAUGCCAAGGGCUUUGAUCAUAUUCAAGAUAAUCUUAAAACUCAAAAUAAUACAUUGUCACAACAACCCAAAAAAAUACAGGAUGGAAUCAAUGAAAUUACCGAAGAGCUUCAGAGUAUUCGAGAUGCGUUGCAGGGUACCGCUGACGACGAUCUCAAAAGUAGAGGAGUUAUCAAGAAUUUGGGUUUCUUGACUACACAUAUUGGUGAAGGUGAGGACAAAGGCCUCAAGAAAAUCAAAAGUGACAUGGACUCCCUUAAGAAAAACAAGGUUCCAGUUAUCACCAAACAUCUCAAUACCAUGUCCACUAAGAUCACCAACGCAGCCGGACAACUGGGCUGGAACCUGCGUCAGCUGGAGAAUCCGCAUAUCGACGCCAAACUCAAAGGCAUCGAAACUGGUCUCGACAAUCUCCGACUCACCGAUCUGGCCGAGGCCAUCAAGUUGUGUGACGACUUCCUUGAUAAAGCCGACGAGAUAGAGAGGAACACCAUCCAUGCCCUUUUGAAGCACAUCGACGAUGAGGUGGACGACGCCAUCAAUGACCUCACCAAGGAGGCCCGCACGCUGUACGUGGACUCGGUGAGGGAGGCGUUGGGAUUGUUUGCCACCAAGGUCAACGAGGAUUUGGAACAGCUGCCAAAUGAGAUGAACAGAGAUAGGUGCGUGGGCUAUAAAGGGUUCAUGAAGUACUUGCAAAGUCCGCUGAGCUCCGAUCUAACAGGUGACGAACAGAGCGUCGCAGAAUUAUCAUCCGCGUUCCAGGAGGUGUUCGAGCAAAUAGAGAAGUAUGUAAAAGGGGAGCUCACCAGGCUGCACGAUGAGCAAAACAAGGAGAAGAAUCCCUCUUUGCCACCGACCGAAGAGCCAUACACGGCUAAGCUCAAUGAUGUUUAUGAAGCGCUCACCUCGGUGCUCGCCUACCUUAAAGACAAUGAUGACGGUGCCGACAAACUCACCGAGAUGGUUGAGAGGCUGACCAAGGCGCUGGGUAAUUUGGUACCCUCCGACUUCAAGCACACGUCCACUCCGCUGCUGGACACUGUCGCUCGCGGUCUCACCAAAUUCGCCGGUGAGUUUAGCAACACGUAUAUUUCCGCCUACUCUGGUCAGAGGUGCAGGGAGGAACACUCCCACAAGUACGCCAAGGUGUUACUGAGUAUGAUACCCAUGACGCACCAAGCGCUUACCAAGUUGGCGACGAAAUGUGAGAGUGAGUGGAAAUCGCUUCAUAUUAGUAAGUUGACUGCUGAUUACAGGGACAACGCACUUGGCAACUACCUCACCAGGUGCGGGUACAGGGUAUCCAGUUCCGAGAGUGGGCAGGACGGCGAGUUGAACCACAGGUUUUCUGGCGGUAGGAUUUACGAGUUGCUAUUCACCCCGAUGGAGGGUGUGGCCAUCGAGAUGCUGGUUGACGGUGAGCCGAUAACAAAUGGAAUUAACUUGGUCACCAUCAUGUCGCUGCUCUACAACCUCUUAUGCCGCUACCUCCAGGUCUGCCACCUCUACGUUCCCCCUGAACCAAGAUACCCGUGCACAGUCAGGGACAUGCUGUCGUGGCUCUCCGGGCUGCAGUAUACACAGGUGGCUGACAAGCUGCCUGACCACUGCAAGGCUCUGCUCAAUCACCGGUGCCACGAUGACGACACCCCCAACAGGGAGGAUCCUGUCAUGGCCAAGUGCAUUGGUGAGCUACCAUUAACCAUCGCUAGAACAUGUUCGCACUCCACCGCCCUGCUCACCGCCAUACAAGGCAACGGCCACGGCUUCGACCUCGCCGCCUACCCGUAUUCGGUGGACUUCUCCAACAACCGUGCCAGGUUCCACUACCCCGCUGACCCAUAUGCGCUGCUUGAUAUGCUUCGUGACAUCAUUUGCCGUCUAUGCAAAGUGCUCUACUUCCUGUACUCCCAGUGCUGCCGCAGCACCGCCCGGGUCAAGGGGUGGAGGGAGUGCGCGUACGGCCGGCAGGUGCAGUCACACCGCUGGCAGUGUGAACAGUUCGGAACUUACUCUAGUACUAUCAGUACUACUACCGGUACUAGUACAACUACCACUUCCACCACCACUCACGGCUGCCCGCCCACCUCGCCUCUACAGUCGUUCCUCUCCGACCGAUGCAAUGGACUACUGCCGCAUACCCUCACCAUUGCUGACAUGGUCAUAGAAUGUGCCAACUGCGCCGCCAAUCAACCUGGACAGCAGUGCCUCACUCCGCUCGGCUUCUGGGACCUUGGCUUCGCCGCCUCCAUAAGUGGCACCGGCUGGGAUCUCGCCAAGCGCCUCGCAGACAUGUGCCGCGACGCCGACUCAUGCCUGUUCGUGCUCUGUCGGACUCUGUUCUUGCUGUGCCCCGCCGCACCAUCAUCACUCAACGACGUGUUUGCAUUGUAUGCUCAGGUGCUACGGAAGUGGGACUCUCAUGACCAUGUUAAGCACCGUGGCGGCACGUACACCGAUGCCUCCGAUCUCAUAUCGCAUCUCAACAGCGACGGCAUCGACGGCCUCUUCCCACUGUGGACACAGCUCCACGGCAGCUAUGAAAAUCACAAGCUCACCAGUGCCAUCGCAUCACUCGCAGGUCAUGAUCACAAAAGCCACGAUGCGUUGUCCAGCCUCUUCAACGACUCCACUUGCAAGUCACCCAGUGGAUGCGCUCCCUACCUCCAACCCCUAGGACUGCACGCCCACCACACCUACCCGCAGAAGCACGCCGGGCCAUACAUCACGUGGAUAAUGUACCUGGCAUGGAAAUUCUGGGAGUUGCUAUGUGAACUACUCCACGCUCUGGACAACGUCGACUGCACGGCCGCCGGCUGUGCCACAUGCCCCUGCCAACCCGGCACCCACGGUGGGAAGGACACCUGCCACUGUCCAUCCAUCGUCCAGUGCGCCGGACCGCUGCCUACACUCUACCGCUACGGAUUCACGUAUCGCGACGCAAAUCUCCUGGUCACCGAAAACUAUGCCAUGCGCUGCGGAGACCUCAACGCACAACUCAAAGAGGCGCUGCACUCCGACCACUUCACCGAAUUGUUCCGGCAAAUCGACCAACUCACAUGGCACAUCCGGAUGCCGUUCCUCUACUUUCUCAUUGCACUGUGGUCUCUUGUGGCGCUGUACAUACUCCACACUUUCCUCUACCGCAUGGACGUCCUCUACAUCCGAUCACAUCUGCUGACCACCAGAACAUCUCACCUUAUCGACGUCAAGGCGCUACUUAUCCAGAACAGAAAAAUGCUUUCACUUUACGACGCUAGUUACUUCGAUGAUGACCCUUCCGAGUUACUUGACACCACGUAA